GCAAUAUUGAACCAUUAAAGCUUUUUAAUUGUGAGAUAAUAUUAGGAGGUUUAGAUUUAAGAAAAGUCACUUUAUAUAAACUGAAUUAGUUGGUAUGUGGAGUAAACAUUGGUUAGCAACUCUAAUGCAUACAAUGGCUGGACAAGAUAUAUAAGUAUUUGAAACACUUAGUGUAAUGCAAAAGGGUGUAGAGGGUGAAUGUCUAGUCUAAAGAGGACAACUACCACUCUGGGUAAUAUUUCCAACCCAGAUCCUGGGCUUAAUGCUGUCAAUUCAUCUCAUUUAAAAAAUAAUCACUAGAAAUCAAAAUUUCUGUCUUUCAGUUUUUAAAUUUGGCAACUGAUAUUAAUUUUGAACAUACAUUGCAGUGGUAUAAUAAAACACAUCUGCUGGUUGGAUUUUGCCGGUGAACUGCAUUUGUAGCCUUUGGACUAAAAGGCUGAAACAUUUUGUUGGAGAAAUGGCUUCAAAGUCAGAUAAGGAUAAAGAGAGGCUGGUUCAAGCUGCCCAAACAUUCUUUCUUCACAUUCAAGAUUUUGCUACCGUCACAAACACACUCACCGAAUUGUUUAAUAGCUGUAUGAAUUCUCAGAUCAUCACAAUGGUUGUGAAAGAAGAUAGUUAUGUUAAGGAAGUCUUUGAACAAAUGGUCAGAAUUUUUAAGGAGAUGCAAUCUGUAGUGGCGGCCAAGGAUAACAGCGUGCAAAAGACACCUAUAUUUUCCAAGAUUGCAACAGCGAUGUGCACAGUGGUUGAUAAGAAUACCAAAGUAAAAGAGUUGCAGCCAGCAACUAGAGAAAGGUUAGCACAAAUCAAUACGCCAUUCAUUGUCUCUCUGAUGAGCAGUGGUAACAUCAUUUCGAGUUUGGAAUCUGCUCUUCAACUCUUGACGAUGCAUCCCAUCAUGAGUCUUCAAAUACGUGACUUCCAUAGAAAAGACACCAACGAGCAAUCAGGUGCUACCACAUCUAUGGAAAGCUCAAGUGCAGGUCCAUCCAAAGUCACUACAGUAGACAAUGUGAAAAAGUUGCAAAAUGCACUAAAAAUUGAGAAUGCUAAGAAUACCAUUGCGUCAGCCGCAGAACAAUUGGAGCAAAUUGUUAAAAAUAUGAGACCAACCUUAGAGAUCCUCCAAAAGGCCAUACAGACUCUGGAAAUUAGUACAUAUGGGAUUAAGAAAGUCAAUGACUAAUAGAAGUGCAUCAGAAGUGCUCAUUUUUGGCAGAAAAUGAGUUCAAAUCCUGGGAGUUUUCAUAGCACAUUUUAAGGUCUUUGAUGCUAGGAAUGUGGUCUAUUUGAACAUUGGUGCAAAGAGUAGUCACUUGGCCAACAAUUUACUUCAAGUUUGCUUUAGUCAAAUAAAAA